AUGGCCGAGGACGCGCCGGAGCCACGCAAGCGAUCGCGCUUCGACGUCGGUCCCACCGACGCUGCAGAACCGCCCGCCCGCCGCUCGAGGUUCGAUGUGGGCGACGACCGUCGCUCACGCUCUCCAGGCACCCCUGCGGCAGACCGCACCACCGAUCGCGAACGCACCCCGAUCAAGAGCACUGAGAGUCCGGGUGGCGAGGCACAACAGGCAAAGGACGCUGCCGCCAGAGCCGCCGAGGCAGCUGCCAGAAUCAAUGCGUCAAUCCAGAAGAGCAAGCCGAUUCAGCAGGUAGACGUCCCACCGAUUCGUCAGAGCCCCGCUACCAACUCCGGCGCUGCCAAGUCCCCAUCCGAGGAUCCUGCUCCGAGUGGCAUGCUAAACGCAGAGAUCUACCAGCAAGAUGGCGACUUCAUCCGGGACAUCGAGGUCAACGACCUCCGCAACCGCUACACGCUGACCAAGGGCAGCACUCAAAAGAUGAUCAAAGAUGAAACUGGCGCCGAUGUCACUACCCGCGGGAACUACUAUCCGGACAAGAGCAUGGCCACUCCUCAGAACCCACCGCUCUACCUCCACGUCACCAGCACUACCAAGGACGGCCUCGAGAAAGCUGUUGAGAAGAUUGAAGAGCUCAUGAAGCAGGAGUUGCCCAACCUCAUCGACGAGCGCCGAUUCCGCAAGACCCGCGAGGAGCAGCCACAGGUCGAGCGUGAUCAUCUGGGUCGUCGCAAGUGGCCUGAGGAGCGCAUCCCGAUCGACCUCGAACCGAUUCCAGGCUUCAACUUGCGAGCUCAGGUCGUUGGCUCCGGAGGCAGCUACGUCAAGCACAUCCAGCAAGAGACUCGCUGCCGUGUCCAGAUCAAGGGUCGUGGUAGCGGCUUCCUUGAGCACGAGACUGGCCGUGAGAGCGAUGAGCAGAUGUAUCUGCACGUUGCUGGCCCAGAGCAACCCAUGGUCGACUCGGCCAAGGAGAUGUGUCUGUCCCUCCUCGAGUCUGUCAAGGAGUCCUACGAAGCUUUCAAGGACCGAGGCCCACCAAACCGUGGCGGCUUCGGAGGCGGAGACCGUGGUGGCUAUCACAACCGUGGUGGCGAUCGCCAGAACUCUGGAUCCUACGGCGGAGGCAGCGGUUACGGCGGAGGUUCGGCUUAUGGCGGAAAUGGCGACAGCAGCUACGGUGCGUAUGGUCAAAACUACGGUCAAGGCUAUGGACAACAGGGAUACGGCGAUGCGCAGUCGCCAGUUGCCGCCCCGACUCAAACUGGUGACCCGGCCGAGCAGAUGAAGCAGUACGAGGCAUGGGCUGCCUACUACGCUGCCAACCCAUCUGCCGAUCCCUAUGCUGCAUACGGCGGCUACGCUGCGAUGAUGGCGCAGUACAUGCAAGGCUAUACUCAGACGGCUGGACAGUCUCAGACGCCUACCAACGGCUCUGCUCCCCCACCGCCUCCACCGGACGACGCCAAUCCUCCACCUCCACCACCGCCACCAGGUGCUGGAGGCGGAAGCUACAGCGCGGUCCCGCCACCACCAGGUGUGUGA